AUGGGCCGCUACGGGAAGGAGCUCGGGGCCCUGGAGAAGGAUCCCGCGGGGAAGUAUCUGGAUGAGGCGAGGCGGCAGCGGAAGGAGCGGCUGGGUUGGAGGGCGGCCUCUUCGUCUGCCCAGGAGAGUGAGCACUGGCCCAGUGCCGAUCUGUCUGCCGGCAUGAGCAUGCAGGUGGUGACGAGGCUGCUGGAAGGGCUUGCGGUGGGCGCGCGGGUGUCCUUCCGAGGUUUGGGCAAGGAGGAAAGGGCGCUGGUGCACUCCGUGGCCCAUCGCGUUCCCGGUCUCUCCAAGACCUCCCGUGCCGACCCGGAUACCCAGGGUCAGCGCAUGGUCUGCGUGGAGCGGGUGGCGCCGGUGGCGGCUACGGAGGCCACGGCGGCCACGGCGGCCACGGCGGCUGCGGCGGCUGCGGCGACUGCAGCGAGAGAAGACGCUUCCACAGCUUCUGCAACGCCGGCUUCAUCUGACACUGCCGGCCCCGCCCGGCGAUCGCGCUGGCGGCGAGCUGCUUCGACACAGCAGGGCACCAGCGACCAGAAGUGUUCAGCUGGCGCGCUCAUUGCGGGCUCGGGCUACCCACAACGGGAGGAGCCGGAGGCUAUGCCGCCAGCCAUGCCAGCGGCACCUGGCAAGGGGCCGGUCGCCGCGAAGGGAACUCGGCCACAGGCCCAGGUGAAGAGCCUUUGCAUCGUCUGGCUGCGCGACGACAUGCGCCUUGAGGACAACCCGGCCCUGUUCCACGCAGCGCAGGGCGGGUUCGAUGCGGUCCUACCCCUGUACAUCUUGGAACCAGAGAGCUCUCACCCACUUCGCGGGGCCGGCCGCUUCUGGAAGCACCAGUCCCUUCGAGUCUUCGCCCACACGCUCUCCCGACUGGGCAGUCGCCUGGUCUUUCGCCGCGGGGAUGCCGCAGAGGAGAUUCAGAAGCUGCUCAAGGAGUUGGGUCUGUUGGGAGGUCGGCAGGGGUCCCGGGUGCAGUUGGCCUUCAAACCGCCGCUGUGA